UUUCCAGUGUGUGUCUAUCAUCGGCUUAUCAUUAUUGCCAACAUUUUAAAAAUGAAGCGAAAAAUGGUGACAGAUCAACGGGAGUAAUCUCAGGAGUAAUUUAAUGAUGGCCUCUUCGGUAGUAGAUAAAAUACAAUCUUGUUGUAUCAGUUAAGACAGCAACAUAGAUAUGUUACAUACGACCUGUCUUGUGUUAUAAAUAUUGCUGUAAAACUGAGUGUUGAUCAAAAUCACAAAAAUGUGGAACAUGAUGUGUGAUGUUAUGCCCACGAUCUCCGAGGACAGCAUCUCGCAGAGAUCGUCACAAUUCAGCGGAGAGGAUCCAAAUUUUGAACAGCUAAUGGUAUCGAUGCUGGAUGAACGAGAUAAACUGAUGGAAAGUCUGAGAGAAGCGCAGGAGAGGCUCGCGGAAUCGGAAAACAAGUUACAAGAGGUCGAAAAAGAACGUGACAGCCUACACAGACAAAUAGCUGCUAAUUUACCUCAGGAGUUUUCAACUUUAACUAAAGAGUUGACACAAGCACGAGAGGCACUGCUAGAAAGAGAUGAAGAAAUCGGAGAACUUAAAGCUGAAAGAAACAAUACACGGCUAUUAUUGGAGCACCUAGAAUGUUUGGUAUCAAGGCAUGAGCGAUCACUAAGAAUGACGGUAGUGAAAAGGCAAGCAGCAUCACAAAGCGGAGUUUCGAGCGAAGUGGAAGUGUUGAAAGCACUCAAAAGUUUAUUUGAGCAUCACAAAGCACUAGAUGAAAAGGUUCGCGAGCGCUUACGGUUAUCACUGGAAAAGAACACAGAGCUAGAGGAAGAGCUAGCUCAAGUUAAAGAAGAGUUACAGCACAAGUCCGGAGUAGCAUUAAGUCAGACAAUUACUUCCAAAGAAAAUGGCGAAGAUUCCAAGGACGCACUAGCAAAUGGUGAAACAUCAGAACAGAUAGACUAUUUGGCAAAAACUCAUGAGCUGCAGACAAUUAUUGAAAAACAGGCAGCCGAACUAUCGCAGUGGCAACGUCGUGUAUCGGACCUGAAUAAUAAAAUAAAUGAUUUGGAAGAAAACCUAAACAAAACACAAAAAGAGUUUACCAAAUCACAAGAAACAUGUGUCAAACUUCAAAGAGAUCUGCGUGAAAAUGUAGCACAAAAAGAAGACCAAGAAGAACGAAUAGCAACAUUGGAAAAGCGAUACUUGAAUGCACAACGGGAAUCCACGUCAUUACAUGACCUCAACGAAAAAUUAGAGCAAGAACUGCGACAUAAGGAAGCUCAAUUGAAGUUACAAGAAGGAAAAAUUUCUGCUAUACAAGAAAAAUUGGAAUUAUCUGAUCAAAAACUAGCUCAACUAUCUAAACUGCCGGACUUAGAGGAACAAUUGAAGGCAAGAUUGGAAGCAUUUAACCAGGUAGGCGCAAAGGCCCAAGAGCGUCACGGUUCUUCAGAAGAUCGCAUUUCACGACUUGAAGCAAAUGUAGAAGAGAAAAAUGCAGAAAUUAUGCGUUUGAAUCAAAGACUGAAAAUGAAUGAAGAGCACAAUCAAAGGUUAUCUUCAACGGUUGAUAAACUUUUAUCAGAAUCCAAUGACCGAUUACAAGUUCAUCUAAAAGAAAGGAUGACAGCACUAGAAGAAAAAAAUAUACUUACUCAGGAGUUAGAUAAGGCAAAGAAAUACGCUGAAGAACUGAACCAUGAAAAGUCUGAAGUACUGAAAGAAAUGUCAAAGAGCAGACUAGAAAUGGACAAUUUCAAAAGACAGCUGCUGCAGCAGGAAAUAGCCUUUAACAUUCAGCAAACGGAAGCUUUAACCAGAAGCUUGUCUCCUACGAAUGGAACCGACGCAGAAAAUUUCUCUAGGAGCGCUUCUCAUGCUAGUUUUGAUGCCCUAAGUAUAAGAAGGAAGAAACAACUUUUAGAAGAGGAACAGUUCAGUAGAUCGCUCACUGAUCAAGAUUGGGGGAAAAUGCAACAAAUAGCAGGAGCACAAAACUUUGAUGGCAGUGCCGUCGAUGGUGAUGACGCGGAAAGCUUAUUUAGUACUGCCGAUAUUAUGUCUCCUAGUGGUCACACGGACGCCCAAACACUUGCCCUCAUGUUACAAGAACAACUAGAUGCUAUAAACAAUGAAAUAAGGUUAAUUCAAGAAGAAAAGCAAUCCACUGAGGCUCGUGCUGAGGAGUUGGAAUCUCGUGUCGGGAGCCUUGAACAUAUGAACUUACUAGCGAGAGGUAGAUCAAUGGACCGGCAAAGUCCCCCGCUGAGCGGUAGAAGCACUCCAAACAGCCCAAACCGUGACUACCUUCAUAAAUAUCACACAGCUCCAGCGUCCAUGUCACCCGCACAUUUACAUCAAUAUGCUGUUUCAAUUAACCAAGGACAACUGUCAGAAUCACUCCCAUCUAGUCAGGUACAGUUAUCACACCUUUCAUCGGAAAAAUCUCUUGAAGAUUUUCACAGUGGGAAAGAAAUGACAAUACCAUGCGCCGAUGCAGCAUCUAGUGGUGCAGCAUCUCCGCUUACCGCACGCUCUAUGCGGUUAGAACGCUUUGCACUAGCAUUAGCACAUAGUCAAGAGGAACUUAGAAGGUGCGGUACGGUUGCUUCCUUUGGUGUCUCUCCGCCCGGAUCUCGACAUGGUAGUCAAGAGUCUUUGAAAAAAUUCAAUGCAAUAAAUACGCUUAGCUCAUUACACACACCUACAUCAGUUACAAGGGAAGCUGUUGUAGCUGCUCAGAAAAAAAAAGGCAUCAAAUCUAGUUUAGGAAGGCUAUUCAGUAAAAAGGAAAAGUGCAAAACGGGUAAAGAUUCCUCUAUGCCAGAUGGGUCGGUCAGUAUGAUGUCUAUGAGUGGACUAUCACUCAUCAGCGAUGCCGAUUCAAAUUACGAUACGAUCACUAUGUAUAAAAUGCCAGGAAGGACCACUUCUAUAGAUUAUUGUAGACAGAAGAAAAAGGACCAUGACUACCGUCACGAUUUACUAGGCGAAGCCAUGAAAGCUGGAACGCCAUUUGCGCUUUGGAAUGGUCCCACUAUUGUUGCAUGGUUAGAACUGUGGGUGGGUAUGCCAGCAUGGUACGUGGCUGCCUGUAGGGCUAAUGUGAAAUCUGGAGCUAUAAUGAGCGCCCUAAGCGACACUGAAAUUCAACGUGAAAUCGGUAUUAGCAAUCCUCUUCAUCGAUUAAAGCUAAGGCUAGCCAUUCAGGAAAUGGUAUGCUUGACAUCGCCAUCUGCGCCACCAACGACGAGAACGACAUUAGCAUUUGGUGAUAUGAAUCAUGAAUGGAUAGGAAACUAUUGGUUACCAGGAUUGGGUCUCCCACAAUAUAGAACCACAUUUAUGGAAUGCCUCGUAGAUGCUCGAAUGCUUGAUCACUUAAACAAAAAAGAUCUCAGGGGACAACUAAAAAUGGUAGAUAGUUUUCAUCGAACGAGUCUGCAGUUUGGUAUUUCUUGUUUAAAACGCUUAAAUUAUGACAAAACAAUUCUCGAAGAUAGAAGAAAAGCAUCUGAAAGUUCUACAGAUGAUGUACUAGUUUGGAGUAACGACAGAGUCAUACGUUGGAUCCAUUUUAUAGGUUUAAAGGAAUAUGGAAACAAUUUAUUGGAAUCAGGUGUACAUGGCGCGUUAAUAGCACUUGAUGAAAGUUUUGAUGCCAACUCAUUGGCAUUGGCACUUCAAAUCCCAACUCAAAACACGCAGGCAAGGCAAACACUAGAGACAGAAUAUAAUAAACUACUUGAGUUUGCCACGGAUAGGCGAAUAGAUGCUGAGCAACUGAAAUCCUGACACAAUGCAAAUAUAUCUAGUCUGCAAGAAUAACUUAAUUAGAAGCUAAUAUAACUUCAGCAAUUGUCAUUAGUCAUGCCUCAAGGCAAUAUAGUAACUAAUAUCAUCACUGUAAAUAUUGCAUAAAUUUUAAAAAUAGUACACAAUUAAGUAAGAGUAAACUAUUAUGCUGUAUUAUAAACAGAUAGGAUGGAAUUAAACUAACAAAAUAUUACAAGCAGUA